AUGUAUAUGCAGAAUUCCUCGUCGAAUAAUCUCUUUGGAUCAUUUAACAAUCAAGGGAACAAUGCAAAUAAGGGGAUCUUUGGAAAUGCAAAUGUCCAAUCCAACCUAUCGAACACGGAUCACUCGUCCAUUUUUGGAGUUUCGAAAACCCCUCAAUCGAACAAUGCGCUGAUGAAUAAGAAUAUGUUUAAUAUGAACACGAGCUCCAGUGGCUUAAGUGGAAAUAAAGGGAUGUACGACAAUAUGAAUAGUCAGUCCACCUUAGGUAACAAAAAUAUAUUUGGGGGGUCAAGUGUAGGAAAUAGUGCCAAUCAAGGAAAUAUGGGAGGAAAUAAUUUAUUUAUGAAUUCAAGUAAUCAGAAUAGCUUAGGCAUGAAGAAUAUUUUUGGGGGCACAACCAGUUUAAAUGCUCCAGGAACGAACUUAUCCAAUAAAGGGAUUUUUGGAGGCAUGCAACAGAAUAAUCAAAGCUCUGCUCAAUCGUCAAGUAACCUUUUUGGCAAUUUAUCGUCUAAUCAAACUAGCUCCGGAAAUAUGUUUGGAAAUUUGUCCUCGGCUAAUCAAAGUAAAGGAAAUAGUUUAUUUGGCACAUCGCCUCAGUCUAAUCAAACACCAGGAAGUAACAUGUUUGGAAAUGCAUCCUCCAUGGGACAAAAUAAGGGUGGUGGGUUGUUUGGAGCGUUGCAAUCAUCUAAUCAGACUAGUAGCGGUAGCAGCAUGUUUGGAAGUGCUACUGGUGGGAUGAGUCAAAAUAAGGGAAGCAGCACGCUCUUCGGAGGGAUGUCCGGCAGCACGCCGACGAACGCUGCCUCUGGAAAUCUCUUUGGAAAUGCAUCUUCCAUGAACCAAAACAAGCCAACUGGUGGAGUUUUUGGAGCGUUGCAAUCGCCCAGCCAAAGCACAACAGGUAGCAGCAACAUGUUUGGUAGCUUGGGAGCCAGUCAAGCAAAGCCAGCCACGGGUGGUAACCUGUUUGGAGGAAUGCCCUCAACACCCGGGACGAGUGCAACUACUGGGACGGGUAGUAACCUCUUCGGGAGCACAAUGCAGGGUAGCCAAAAUAAAACCGGCAGUAACAUUUUUGGCGCAUUAUCAGGAGGCACACAAGCUGCAAGUAGCAGUAGCCUUUUCGGCGCAACAACUGCGCCAAGUACCAGUAUGGGAGGUAAUAAUGUGUUUUCAUCUUCCAUGACAACGCCAACGAGCCAAAAUAAAUUUAAUAAUAUAUUUGGACAGGUUGCAACAGCUGGUCAAAGUGCAUCUGUCAAUACUGCUGCCACUGGAGUUUCCUCCACUCCAGGAUUAGGAGGCGCAACGCAGAGUGGUAGCACGAGUAAUAUGUUUGGAAAUGUAUCAACAGGUACGAAUUUGGGUGGAGUGGGUGACAGCAAGAAUAUAUUUGGAACAUCAUCUGGUUUUUCUUUGGGCGCGGGGACUACCGGUGCAAGUGCCACCGCCGGAGUUGGAGGCGUGGGUACCGGGUUAAGCACAGGAGGAGUUGGAUUAGGUAUGGGAUCCAAUUUAGGAACGACCAUGGGUACAAGUGUGGGCACCAGCAUGGGUUCAAACUUGGGUUCCAAUUUGACAUCAAAUGUGAACGCGAAUUUAAACUUGGGCGCAGGUUCCGGCACCGGUGCUAGUGCCAGCGGAUCGAGCAUAUUUGGAGGUUUAGGCGGAUUAAACUCCAAUUUGGGUGGCAGCACAAUGAUAGGUAGUAGCGGUUUGGGUCAGAAAAUAGGCACAAAUGAAGCAGGUGCAGCAUCAACCAAUAUAUUCACAGGAAAUAAAAGUAUGGGGGAUACGAACAGUACGUUGCUGAGCACGCAGAAUAAUGUGCUGCUAGGCGACAAGGGAAAGGUAAACAAUUUCAUGACACAAGAAUUUAAAAGUGAUCAAAAGGAUGAAUUAGCUGGUGGCAAAGACAACUUGGACAAGUCGGUAGAAGAGUUAACGAUUAUAAAAAAGCAGGAAGGCAUUUUCGAUCAGGCAUAUGAAGAGGAUGAGGGAUAA